AUGAUACAGGGAUCUAUUAAAAACAAGUUAACGCACGUAAAGUCCCUGGGGACCGUUCCGAUAAAACAUACAAUACCGAGUAGGCAUGAUUCUCGGAAUAAGGAGAUAGUGGGGAGAGUUGUCAAGCAACUAGAGUUCGAUAAGUACAAUGUGCAGUAUAGCCGGGAGUCCCUAAAACGGUGCCUUUAUCCCAGUAAGGAUAUAUUGGUUCCAAUUGAUGCGGAUCGUAAAGUAGAAGUACGAAAUAAAGUGCUAAUAGGACAAGGCCGUCAUUUGCUCAAUUUACAAUGGAACAUAGCGAUGCUUAGGUUAUUCAAGCGAACACCUGAUAAUCUCAAUGGGUUUGAUUUUAACUAUUCUGAGAAGUCUUCCAUAUUGGCAGAGUUGAGGCAACGGGACAUCACGCGUCUAUAUGUACAGUAUCUCAGGGACCAUGACUUGAAGGGCAUCGCUCGGAUAGAAAUCCCAGCUGAUCGGGUCAGCUCUCGGCUACAAAAGAGGCAAGACUUACAAGCAUUCUUGGGAAUAAUGGGUUACAUAUCAUUAUUGAACAGUGAACCCACACUCAUCAACUUCAUCAAUCGUAGCAUAAUCAUAAAGAUAAUAAACCCUUUGAUAUCAUGA